AUGUCUUACCUGGACGUGUAUAACAAUUGGAGUCCUGCAGGGUCUGUUCUGGAAGCUGUUCUGUUCGACAUCUCUAUCAGUGAUCCAGAGGAGAGGAUGAAGGUUGCAGAUGACACCAAGGAGGAACCAGUUGAUUCACUCAGGGGCCGGCCUGCCAUUCAGGGGAAGGAAGGGGCUGAGCGAGGCACCAUAAAAUUCAGCAUGGGCAGAGGCCAAGCUCUGCUUCAGGAAGACAGAGCCCUGCAGGGGUGCAGAGGAGUCCAAUACGAUAAGGCUCUAGAAAAGAAGGGAGAACAAGAGAGAUGGUCAAUAUUUAAGCACCACUUCCUCCAAACUCAAGACCAGGGUAUACCCAUGAUGAAGAAAUCAGGCAAAGCGAGCAGGAGACCUGCCUGGAUGAGCAGGGAGCACCUAGUAAAUCCCACAUGCAAGAAAGAAAUUUAUGGGAUGUGCAAAAAGGGACAGGCCAAGUGGGAGCACUAUAGGAACAUCAUCAGGGUAUGCAGGGAUGUGGCAAAGAAGGCCAUGGCCCACUUAGGACUGCGUCUGGCAAAGAACAUCAAGAACGAGAAGAAGGGCUUCUACAAGUAUAUCAGUAGCAAAAAGAUUAGGGAAAACAUGGGGCUGCUGCUGAAUCAGAUGGGUGUCCGGGUAACGGAAGACACAGAGAAGGUGGAAUUACUGAAUGCGUUCUUUGCCUUGGAGUGUCUGGGGAUGUCCCCUGAUCCCCACAACUUCCCAAAGAUUACGGAAAGCGAUGUCACAACAAUGUCAGCCAGCUCCUUUAACACCCUUGAGUGGAUAUCGUCAGGGCCCAUUGAUUUGCAGGGGUCAAGCUCCUGUAACAGUUCUCAGACCAACUCCUCCUUCACUGAUGGUGGGCCUGUGUUGGCAUCAACCUGGAUUUUUGUUCCCAAGGCCUGGGGCUCAACAGUGCUCGUAAAGACAAAGAGGAAAGCUAAGGCCCAGCUAGAAUUAAGUUUGGCAAGGGAUGUAAAAGAUAACAGGAAAGGAUUCUAUAGAUACGUAGCAAAUAAAAGACAGGCUAGGGACAAUGUAGGCCCUCUCCAGAAGCUAUCAGGAGAACUGGCUACCAUGGAUUUGGAGAAGGCUGAGGUUCUUAAUGACUUCUUUGCCUCAGUCUUCACCAGCAAAUGCUCUGACCGCACAACCCAAGUCUUGGAAAGCAAAUGCAGGGACUGUGAGAACGAAGACCUUAGGCCCACUGUAGGAGAGGAUCAGGUUCGAGACCAUCUGAAGAACCUGAACGUGCACAAGUCCAUGGGGCCUGAUGAAAUCCAUCCACGGGUCCUGAAGGAGCUGGCGAAUGAAGUUGCUAAGCCACUGUCCAUCAUAUUCGAAAAAUCCUGGCAGUCAGGUGAAGUUCCCAAUGACUGGAAGAAGGGUAAUAUAACCCCCAUUUUCAAGAAGGGGAAGGUGGAAGACCCGGGGAACUACAGACCAGUCAGUCUCACCUCUGUGCCUGGCAAAAUCUUGGAACAGUUUCUCCUGGAAAACAUGCUAAGGCACAUGAAAAACAAUGAGGUAGUUGGUGACAGCCAACAUGGCUUCACUAAGGGGAAAUCCUGCCUGACCAAUUUGGUGGCCUUCUAUGAUGGAGCCACGGAACUGAUGGACAGGGGCAGAGCAGUUGAUGUCAUCUACCUGGACUUGUGCAAAGCAUUCGACACUGUCCCGCAUGACAUCCUUGUCUCUAAAUUGGAGAGACAUCAAUUUGAUAGAUGGACCACUCGGUGGAUAAAAAACUGGCUCGAUGGCCGCACGCAAAGAGUUGUGGUAAACGGCUCGAUGUCCAGUUGGAAACCUGUAACGAGUGGUGUCCCUCAGGGAUCGGUGUUGGGACCGGUCCUGUUCAACAUCUUUGUCGGUGACAUGGACAGUGGGAUUGAGUGCGCCCUCAGCAAGUUUGCCGAUGACACCAAGCUGUGUGGUUCGGUUGAUACGCUGGAGGGAAGGGAUGCCAUCCAGAGGGACCUUGACACGCUUGUGAGGUGGGCCGAUGCCAACCUUAUGAAGUUUAACCAAGCCAAGUGCAAGGUCCUACACCUGGGUCGGGGCAACCCCAGGCACUGCUACAGGCUGGGCAGAGAAGAGAUUCAGAGCAGCCCUGCAGAAAAGGACUUGGGGGUGUUGGUUGACGAAAAGCUUAACAUGAGUCGGCAGUGUGCACUUGCAGCCCAGAAAGCCAACCGUAUCCUGGGCUGCAUCAAAAGAAGCGUGACCAGCAGGUCGAAGGAGGUGAUCCUGCCCCUCUACUCUGCUCUUGCUGAACAAGCUCAACUCUCUGCCUUCACAGGAUGGGUGCUCCAGCCCUCUGAAGAAUUUGUUAAAAUGUUGCGUAUGAAAAAACUUAAUGCUGGAAAAUGUGUUCCAAGGAACAGAGUACUUGAGGAAGAAAAGAAGGCUAAGACAGCAAAAGUAAAUGCACUGAGAUUUGUUACUAGCACUUGA